AUGUGGCUUUCGCUGUCCUUGGAGCUCCUGUACGUGGGUCUGCUGCUCAUCAGCUGCAUCCUGCUCUCUGUGCAGUUGUGCAUCAGGGCCUGGUUCCCCUCUACGCAGCGCUGCGGCCAGCUGCUCAACGCCUUUGCUGCUGUUUUCACAGUCUUGGGAGGUCUGCUUGGAAUGGUGGGUCACAUGAUGUUCAUGCAAGUGUUUCAGACUACAGUGUCCAUGGGCCCAGAGGACUUCAAGCCUCACAGUUAUGGCUACUCUUGGGCGUUCUACGUGGCCUGGUUCGCCUUCACUGUCUGCAUGUCAGCUGGAGUCUCCACCCUGAACAACUACACAAAGAACGUCCUCAUGGUGGGAGCCCGGCUGAACUCCAGCCUCAACCCCUUCAACUUUGUGGGGCUCCUGCCCCCGGCACCUUAUUUCUCUGCACCCAACUCCGGCAUGGUCCGCGCUUUUCACCAAUCCCACGCGCCAAUCUCCCAUUUGUCCCCUUACUACGAGCAGCCGCCAUCCAAGUCACCACCACCACCACCACCCGGUAAGCCUUCCUACUCCAUUCCUCUACCCUACUCGGCGUCCUUCCCUCCUCCGUCCUCCCACCUCGCGUCUGCAUCCCCUUUGCACCGCUUGUCCCUCCCAUCUCCAUCUCACUCGCCCAGCUCACCCGCUCUUGUCCGUGGACCCCUGAAAGGUCAUCAGGAGAACAUGGUCCCCCUUUACACGACGCAGGAUUACUGCAGCCCUCUUUGAACCCUUAUGGUGCAGUUCAUUCGGUCAGGUGCUAACACAGUUUUCGAACUCGUGUGCGGAUCAAAAUCGACCAGUGGUCUGGUUAUGGUUCCCAACAAACUUUGGUGCGAUUCACUUGAUUUAUUUGCUGGUGUACUGUAGCUUGUUAGACUAUCCAUCCAUUCAUUUCAAAAAAAUGUCCUUUUUUUUUUUUUUAAUACCGCUUGCCCUGUUCAGGGUCGCAGUGAGCUGGAGUCUAUCGCAACUUACUUGGGACAAUAGACAGAACACACCCUGGACUAGUUGGCAGCAAGGUUAUUCGAGUUAAAACUAAAGUCAUAACUGAAGCUAAAAUUGAC